AUGUCAUUGCCAGACCGGGCCGAUGAUCGCCAGAAGAUGUAUUCCAGCACUGCGGUUGACUUGUGCAAAAUCGACUCUUUGGUUUGUCCAACUCAUUCGGCUGGUGGUGAGUGUCCGCAGUCGGCACGAGACCAACGAAUCACGAGCACCAUGUCACCACCGUACUCGCCAUAUGACCACACCACGCCCCCAACGACCCCCAGACUCUACGCUGGAACAACCCCACAAUCAGCCUACUGUGCGCAAACACUGGGCUACACGCGCUCUCCUGAAGCAGCUGCUGUCUGGCAACAUGGCUCCCAUAAAGAGCAUACGGUGCCGCGUGGCCAUGGGCCACGCAGUGCAUUGGACUACAACAAAGCGCGAGACGCCCACUUCAAGGCCCUGCAUCCUAUUGCCUACAGCGUCUCGCCAUUUCUCGAAGCGUACGCGGCCAGCUUUCUGCCAAAGAUGACCCAGCAACAGCAACGGCAACAGGAACUGCAACUGCAACUGCCUUGCGCCAUGAUGGCGACCGAGCCCAGAGAAGUGUUCAUGCUCGAAGCCACUGAACACCGACCGAAGAAGAGCAAGACAAAGUCUGCGUCCAAGACACCCGAGUGGCUUACAGGCCUGACGCAGAAGAAGCGACGUCCAAGUGACAUCUUCAACAAGAACUUUGGCUUCGAUGUCGCAUCUCUUCGAGGACCCGCUGAUCGCACGCCUCAAAUCAGUCCGCGCACUUCCAUCUCCCAUGCCGAACCACUGUCCUUUCCGACAUCGCCGACGAGCUCGGUGAAGCGCCAGCGCGUCGACUCCAAAAUUGCAGCAGACACGACGCUCGGCUUCCCGUUUGGCAAGCCGACGCCAACGAAGAGCAUGCGUGGCCGUGAUCUCGGCUCCCUGGCCAUGUCGCCACGAGGUUCCAUUGGAGUGGCCACGGAGCUGGAUUCACGACCAGGGAGGUGGUGUAGCAUGGAUGUGCAUCCUGGUACGCCUGUUUCCUGGGGCUCUAGUCCUUCGGUAUCGGAUGAGGAGGACAUGGCGUACAUGAGUCCAGACAUGUGCUCUGCAAGUCUGACCCUUGAAGCACGCCGUCGGUCCUUCCCAAGUAUCUCGUUGCCUGCGGAGCGUAAGCACAGCAAUGCGGGUGCUAUAGUAGAUCGCCUUGCAGCCCUCAACACCCCUACGAAUCCAUUUGAUACAUCAGAGUCGUGCACCUCCACCUCCACCUCCACCUCUUCGUCUGGACGCAAGAGAACGUGUACGCUCGAACGCAGAGAUUGUGCAAGUAGGAAGACUUCCUCCGAGUCUACUCCCUCCAGCGCUACCUCAAUCAUGUCGGUGCAGGAGCGGACAGCCAGCACGCUAUCCAUGCCAUCUGUACGAGCGCUCAAGUGGGCAAAGAGCGAUCCCAGCACAGAGGCGUUUUUGAAGCAUAUACGAGCGAGUCUGGAGAGAAGGAGGAGCAAGGAUGCCAAGGAGAAGGGCAAGGACGUCGUGAUGGAAUAUCCAGUGUUUGCGGAUGAGCAUGAGAAAGGAUUCCUGGAUGAUACGCCAUUAUGA